AACGAACUGCUGUAGAAGAUCGUUUACUUUGCGCAAAUUCGUGAACGUUGCUUUGACCGGCAAGCGAGCUAUCAAAAUGUUUCGCUGCAGAUCGUAAACUGUUCGUCAGCGCUCGACAUCCGCAUCCACAUUGUAAAAUUGGGCUAUUGCAACUAGUGCUGCAUCGAAACCAUGAACGGACCACCGGGUGUAUCUAUUUUCAACGAUGGAGUUAGCAUCAACCUUAACAACAGUACACUUGAAAAGCAGCGUGCCCAGGAGGAGGAAGAAAUACUCGAGGAUCAAAAGCGUCUUCAACAGCAGCUGGCUAACGAGCUGGAAAAUGCAUUCGACGAUGUGGAAUGUGACGACAACGAUACGCUUGAUUCCUUCACCCAUCGAUACUCCGAUGGUGAUGACGAUGACGAUACCGGGCGAAGCAGCAAACGGCCAUCAGCCCCGCCUGUCCCAUUGCCAGCAAUGUCCUCAAUUCCGCUGAUGAAUGCAGCCGAACAGGUGGGGCAAGUGCAUCCCAUGAAUGAUUACGGUGGUGCAGCUGCACGAGAAUUACGCUUACUGCUCGAGUCGAAAACCCGUGAACUGGAGCACGUUACGAGAGAACUGUACGAGCAGCGCCACAGACACGAACAGCAAAUGGGUGAGCUGGAAAAGAAGCUUCUAAUUGAACAAGCGGAAAAGGAUCGGGCUAACAUGACACGGGAUCAGACCCGCGAACUGUUGGUGCAGAGCAAGACAAAGAUAUCCGAGACUGAAGACACGAAUGAAAAGCUACGCGCAAAGGUAUCCGGCCUGGAGGACGAAAAUGUGAAACUCGUGGGUGAGUUGGAACAGAAAACGAUGAUGCUGCAGGACAGUCUGCACCGCUACCGGAUGUUGGAGCAAAAUUCGGCCCAAAAAGCCGAUCGCCACACGGACGCACUACUGAAGCAGACGGAGGAACGGCACAACGCAAAGGUGGCGAUGAUGCAGCAGCAGAUCGACAAUCUGCGCAGCGAGCUGGACGAACGGCAGCAGGAUUGCCGGCGGCUAGAGGCACGCUACGGUGAACUACAGAAAUCGCGCGAAGCCAUGCUGGUGGAGCAGUCGGAAACCGUGCAACGGUUGCAGGUUCAGCUGGAGGACUCGCAGCGCCAGUGCUCGAACCUACUGUCUAAGAGCAAAAAUCAGGGCGAUUUCGAGCAGGAAAGGCUGCGACUGCGCAAUCGCAUUCAGGCGCUUGAGAAGGAACAGUCUGGCAUGCAGCAAACCAUACACGACCUUACUAAUCGGCUGGAGAAAACGAAUGCCGAACUUGAACUGAUGGAUAGCAUAAUGCAUUGCGGUCAGCAGCCGGAAGGGGAAGAGGAAGAACCCGCGGGCGGUGACAAAAGGGCAUUCAAUGCUGAUACAACCACGGGCGGGUAUACCUUUGCGCAGCGCAAUCUGAUCGGUAGCACGCCACAUAAUAAUGUACCGAGCUUGCGUGAUCAUGGUGGUGGAGAUAGCGAUAAUCGGGUGGUACGGCUUAAGAAUGAGCUCCGCGUCUGUAUGACGGGACAGAAGGAGAAGCGGGAUCUAAUACGGCACCUGGAAGCAAAUCUGCAGGCGAAAGAUCGCGAGCUAGAUCAGCUGAAAAAGGACGAAAGUGAAACGCUGGUGCAGAUGAACCAGUAUAAGGAGGAAGCAUUCCGGCUCGCUUCCAAGUGUAGAAUAUUAGAACAAGAGCUGGAAAAGCUAACAGCAGAUGAAACAACGAGCUCGAAGAGAAAUAACGAACGAUCGAUAACUACGGGUAGCGGUGGCGCAAACCGUCGACGAUCGAGCGGCGAUUUUCGACAGGAAGCGUUUCUCGAGGAUAAGAUUUUCACACUACAGCAAGCAAAGCUCGAAGCCGACGAACGGAUCCAGCUGCUGGAUCGUGAAAACAAACAGCUGUCCGAACGGUGUGUAACGCUAACCAACGAAACCGGUUCCGUUGCUGCACUAAAGCUGGAAGUGGAAAAGCAAAAGUUUCUUCUGCUGGACGCCCAAAAAGAGUGCGAUCGUUUGAAACGGCUGUACAUAGAGAUGUGCGGAGCGAAAGAAGAGCUCGGCCGGGAGCUGUCCACCUUGCGAUCACAGGACAGUGCAAAACAGAUUGCGGUUUUGCAAGAGCAGGCCGUUUCGCUCGAACGAGCUCUCCAGUUGGCCGAACUGAAGGCGAGCGAAUUGGCGAAACUAUUAGACAAGGAGAAGACGGACCAUGAGCAACUGUUGAAGCAAAUGGCGAGCAGCACGGAUAGUAACACGCAAAAGGGAGAAGGAAAAGGCACUGCUGCUACUGGAAGCAACAGUUGCACCAAGUGCAUUGAUGGGUUAACACAGAUCUCAAAGUUAGAAAUAGAAAAUCUGAAGCUUCAAUCUAGCUGCUCGUCACAACUGCGUGAAAUUGCCGAACUGACUGUUCAGCUAAACGAUCAACACGCGACAGUAAGCGAGCUCCACAAACGGCUCGAUCUGAAGGCAGAACGCGAUCAACUGUUAGACGAGCUGAAGGAAAAGGCGGCCCAGUUCGAGCAGAUCAUUCGGACCCAAAUUUCAAACAACUCCUCCAGCACCACGUGCGAUAGUGCCACUUCACCGAGGAAAGUAUCUUCUCGCGAUCAGAGCGUCGGUACGGACGAUGAGUUGAUCGGUGGUUCCCCACCACUCGAGGAUCCCGCAACACGGCGCCAGUUGCGUGAGCUGGAACAGAAGGUGCGCGAAGAGGUGGCCAAGGUGUACGCCGGGAAGGUUAACCAAAUCGAGGAAAAAUUCCUCGCCCAGUUUAAUCGGUUCAAGGAAAACAUCGACACGCUCAAGAACGAACUGUACGAUCGAGUGGCUGAGCUUAAGGUACGCAACCAGGAGGUUGAUGUGCUCAAGUGUGCCAUUGUGACGGAGCGUGAAAAGAUGUCCGAACUGCUGGCACAAAAGGACACGGAAGCACGCUCGCUGUUUGACAAGCAAUCGGAGCUGAUGGGCAAAUACAAGGCGGAGCUCGCGAAUGGACAGAAGAAGGUACAGUUUCUCGAGCGUGAGCUGCAGGAAAAACGGGAACUGGUUGCCAGCGAACGGCAAUCGAUGGAAAAACUGAUUGUUCAGAUCACUGCCGAACGAAAAAUGUUCCACGAGAGAGAACAGGAAAUGAACGAUCGGUUCAAGGAGGUCGAAGAAGAGUACCAGAAGAGUCUCGAUUUGGUGACAGAAAAGCAUCAGUCUGCAAAGAAAACCGCACUCAACUACAAGAAAUAUGCGGAAGAUAAGGAACAGCACAUGCUGAAGGAGUACGAUCGCAUCAAAGAGGGUUAUAAUGUAGCGCUACAAAAGGUUCAAUCCCGCAUGAAGGAAACGUUGGAAAGCAAGGAACAAAGCUUGCGCGAAAGGAUGGCAACACUGGAAGCCGAAUACGAAUUGAAACUUCAGCGUAUCGGGGCGGAAAAGUUAAAAUGAACUGCAAUCGUUAGGCUAAUGAGAAUGUAUAAACGAAAUCAUGACGAUAUUAUUGUAUAUACUAACAACAAACUGCCUUACAACAAAACGGAUAAAUAAUCGUUUUUGGUUUUCCUCCGUUCGUUUUUAUGGGUAGAAAUAUUGCUGGAAGUCGGUGCAACGGUUGACGAAGGUCUAAAACAAAGCGAUGAUUAGGACACGCGAUGCGAGCUUCAAACCGAAAGUAUCUACAAUAGAUGCUUAUCGGUGACCCUAGAGUUUAUGAAAGUGUAUGAAGAGAUGCAACGCUUGACAACACCAUAAAGUGCUCCAAAUGUAAGCGUGGGGGGAGACAAUGAUAAAAGUAUUUUGCCAAUAGUAUUUAUAUUUUCUAUUAACAAUCACACUGCCUUGUGCUUGUAGUACAACAAGUAGCGUUCUAUACAGAAUGUAGUAAAACACGCAAUUUUAAUCGCUUAUUAAACAGUCUUGUUGAAAGUAAAAAGGCUAUGUAUUCUGCUUCUAUCAUGUUUGUUGUUUUCCUCCAAAUUAUUUCUCUCUGACUUUCACUCAUCAUGCAAAGCAACUGCUUACAGAGAAAUAGGAAAAGUUCUCUAUGACACUAGCGGUCGUACCCUCUGAUCAAUCGAAGGCAAUUUCAUUCGGUUUGGAGAUAAUCCGUGUCGAAAAAGCGCAACACGUAGGUCCGUAAAUUUCCUGUUCAGACAUAGUUUUUUUUACGGAUUAAGUUCCCUUACAAAAAAGAAGUCUUUGAUCGCUAUGAACAACCUUUACCUCCAAAAUGCGCUUGGCAUUGUCGCAUAAAGAAUAAAAACAAACUUUUUUAAAUGCUCUUGAACAGCUCCACACAGUGCUAAAAAAUUCUCGAUACAUUAAGCCCGGCAUGAGCCAACGCAACACUCUUUCGAAAUUAAGUUGCGCAAAACUAAAAUUGUUGUUAAAUAAAUAAAAUAA